GCUGACUUUCCAACACUAAACAAACAAUUUAGAGUUGCUCAAACCGAGAAAGAGUAAAGAUCAAUUCAUAGGCAAAAUAUGUCCGGAAGUGAAGCUUUUGCAGAGAUCAUAGAUGGCGAUGUGUACAAGUACUAUGCAGAUGGUGAGUGGAAGAAAUCCGCUUCUGGAAAAUUCGUGCCUAUUAUCAACCCCACCACCAGAAACACCCAAUUCAAAGUGCAAGCUUGUUCUCAAGAGGAGGUGAACAAAAUAAUAGAAACGGCGAAAUUAGCACAAAAAUCAUGGGCAAAAACUCCGUUAUGGAAAAGAGCAGAGUUACUUCACAAAGCAGCUGCAAUACUGAAACAGCACAAAGCUCCGAUCGCAGAGUGUCUCGUUAAGGAGAUAGCAAAACCAGCGAAAGACGCCGUGACUGAGGUUGUCAGGUCAGGGGAUUUGGUGUCGUAUUGUGCUGAAGAAGGAGUGAGAAUUCUCGGAGAAGGGAAGUUUCUGGUAUCUGAUAGCUUUCCAGGCAAUGAGAGGACCAAAUACUGCCUCACUUCAAAGAUUCCACUGGGUGUUGUUUUAGCUAUCCCACCCUUUAACUAUCCUGUCAAUCUUGCUGUCUCAAAGAUUGCUCCUGCCCUUAUUGCGGGAAACUCCAUUGUGCUCAAGCCCCCGACUCAGGGUGCUGUUGCUGCACUUCACAUGGUGCAUUGCUUUCAUUUGGCCGGUUUUCCAAAAGGCCUUGUGAGUUGUGUCACCGGGAAAGGUUCUGACAUCGGCGACUUCCUCACUAUGCAUCCAGGGGUCAACUGUAUAAGCUUCACAGGUGGGGACACCGGAAUAGCUAUCUCAAGAAAGGCUGGCAUGAUUCCUCUUCAGAUGGAGCUAGGUGGAAAGGAUGCGUGCAUUAUUCUUGAGGAUGCUGAUUUGGAUUUAGCAGCGGUUAGCAUCAUAAAAGGAGGCUUUUCUUAUAGUGGUCAAAGGUGCACAGCCGUAAAGGUUGUGUUGGUCAUGGCAUCGGUAGCUGAUACUCUCGUCGAGAAAGUCAAUUCUAAGGUGGCAAAAUUAACCGUUGGGCCACCGGAGGACGACUGUGAUAUUACUCCAGUUGUCACGGAGUCCUCCGCUAACUUCAUCGAAGGGUUGGUCAUGGAUGCCAAACAGAAAGGAGCCACAUUCUGUCAAGAAUACAAGAGGGAAGGCAACCUCAUAUGGCCAUUGUUGUUGGACAAUGUUAGGCCAGAUAUGCGAAUAGCAUGGGAAGAGCCAUUUGGUCCGGUUUUGCCGCUUAUUCGUAUUAACUCUGUUGAUGAAGGAAUCCAUCACUGUAAUGCUAGCAAUUUCGGCCUUCAGGGCUGUGUGUUCACUAAAGACAUAAACAAGGCAAUCUUAAUCAGCGACGCGAUGGAGACCGGUACUGUGCAGAUCAACUCGGCGCCAGCUCGCGGACCGGAUCAUUUCCCUUUCCAGGGUUUGAAGGACAGUGGCAUUGGUUCUCAAGGGAUUACUAACAGCAUUAACAUGAUGACAAAGACAAAGAGUACUGUAAUCAACUUGCCGUCUCCUUCAUACACAAUGGGAUGAUGCGCUUUGGAAUGAGAAGGCAAUACAAUAUAUAUAGAUUGUGCUAUGGUCUAUGUAUCGGUAUAUUCACAUGUUAUGUCUUGCCAUAUAGCAAAGAAAAGGAAAAUGUUGGGUUUUGAGCAGAGGAAUGAGGAUAGAAAUGAUCAGAGGUUUAGAGUGCUGUUAUGUAAUAAAUCUUGUACGCAUAUGAGAGAAAUCAAGUAAUAAAUAUUAAUAAAUA